AUGAGCAUCCCUAAGUCCUCAAAGGAAACCUCUUUACGAUUCCUGACAUUCAAUGUCAACGCAAUAAGGACUUUUUUCCAUUAUGAUCCCUUUUCUUCAAUGAAUGAAAAUCUUUCCAAAGUAUUCAGUUAUUUGGAUGCUGAUAUAAUUACAUUCCAAGAGUUAAAAACGGAGACUUCGUCGAUUAUAAAAUGGGGUAAACUUUGUGAUUUUUAUUCAUUUAUUUCAAUACCGACAACAAAAAAAGGUUACGCAGGUGUGGGUUGUUGGGUUAGGAAAGUAGAGCCUACUCAUCCAUUAUAUAAGGUACUACAUGUCACUAAGGCAGAAGAAGGCAUAACAGGAUAUCUAACUAUCAAAAAGCAAGGCAGAAAUGGUGAAAAAAUACGAUAUAGAGAUUUACCAUCAAAUGACACUAUUGGCGGGUUUGAAAAUAUCACAUUUGAUGAUGAAUCAGAAGCUUUGAGCUUGGAUUCUGAAGGUAGAUGUGUUAUGGUAGAGCUGGCGUGUAAUAUUGUCGUCAUAUCUGUUUAUUGUCCUGCCAAUUCUUCACGGACUCUCGAGGGGGAGUUGUUUAGGAUGAAGUUUCUACGAGUGUUGUUCAAAAGAAUAGAGAAUUUGCAUCAUUUAGGAAAAGAAGUUGUGUUAAUGGGGGACGUCAACGUUUGUAGAGAUUUGAUAGAUCAUGCAGAGGCUUUAGAGGUCGGUGGAAUCUCAAUCAAGAAUGAAACUACAGGUAUUGAGAUUGAAGCCGAAUAUCAAGAAUCGUGUCGAAAUUUUAUAUUGAAUCCAGAUGUACCAUAUAGACGUUUAUUAAAUCAGAUGUUGACGGAUUCAAUAGUGCCUGAAUUGGCUCAAACAGGGUUCCUCGUCGACACUACGAGAAUGAAACAAUCAAGGAACAGAUUGAAAAUGUAUACCGUAUGGAAUACCUUGAAAAAUUAUAGACCGGUCAACUACGGUUCAAGAGUUGAUUACAUACUUAUGACAAGCAACUUGGGGAAGGCCGUCAUAGAAGCAGACAUUUUACCAUCUGUUAAUGGCUCAGAUCAUUGUCCUGUCUUUACUGACAUUGAUUGUACUUUCUUGCAGGUACCCGAUGAUAUUGACUACACUUUAAUCCCUAGAUUCGAAGCAAGGUUUAAAUUUGACUUACUGAACCAUAAUAUUCUAGAUAUGUUUGCCAAAAGAAAUAACAACCCUAAAAGGAAACCAUCAGUUACACUUGAAAGUACUCCUUCCCAGAAGAAAAUAAAACCUUUAAAAAAAUCAACACCCAGAUCCAAAACAAUUGAAAGCUUUUUCACGUCAUCCAUACCUCAAAAGAAACCAUAUAGUGACGACGCUAGCAUUAGCAGCAGAACAGCUAGCAGUCCAGUGCCAUCAAUGCAUAGGUCCAGUGAAUCUGACGUCAGCUCAGAGGCAGAUUUAUUAACUAGCGGGAACAAUAAAUCUCAACCAUCAUUGUGUUCAUCACAUAAAGUGUCAGGCCGUUCUUCUUCAAUAAAGGAUUUAUUUGGAAAGCCUCCAUUAUGUAAGCAUGGAGAAGAAUCUAUUUUGAGGACCUCUAAAACGAGUUCGAAUCCAGGGAAAAGAUUUUGGAUUUGCAAAAAACCAAGGGGUGAUUUGAAUAAUCCUGAUGCAUCAUGUGGAUUUUUCCAGUGGCUCUAA